AUGAGUUGCAUCUAUAUUAUUGAUAGCAAUACAAAUAACUAUCAACCUGUUACUAUAGUUCUUUACAAAACACAAUCUAAUCCAUCAUCAAAAACCCAAUAUAGAAAGACACAAACAUAUACCCAAUUUUCUUCCAACAUAGCAGAAAUACAGAAAUUUGCUGCCCUUGUUAAAACCAUUAGAAUACUAUAUCAGCAUGCAAAGAAUGGAAACCACACAACGGUAAGAGAUAUUUACUACCAUGACGUGGAGCUAUUCAGUAGAAAUCAGACCAAUUGCACCAGAUUGCUUGAACUUAUAGUCGAAGACUCUCUACAAUGGUCUCUUGAGAAAGAUUUGAAUAUUCGGCCCUCUCAAAAGGGAAUGAUGUACGCAGAUUGGAACAAUAGUUUGCAUACAACAGAGCCGAUUUUAAUCCCAGUUAAUUACCAACACCUUUUUAGUAAGGAAAUCACAGAUAACCAAAAGUUACUAAUAAUAGUAAUAGAGAAAGAUGCAGUAUUUCAAUCUUUUUGCCAGUAUUUGAAAUCACACAAUACAUUUCAAAACUUUGUUGUGAUUACUGGAAAGGGUUUCCCCGACCGAUUAACAAUGAGGUUUCUAGCUUGGCUUACAGAAUCAUUUUCUAGCUUGACCAUAGGUUUUUUUGAUUCUGAUGUGUAUGGUCUUAGAAUCUGUCAGCAAUAUCAAAAAUGUGGCAGCAAUUUAAUAUUUGGAGGUGUAUUCUUAUUGGAAACAAAUAUUCGCAAUCACCUUCCGAUUACUACGCGUGACAUAAAGCUAAUGAUGAAUCUACUAAAUGAAUUAUCGGAAAAAGGUAACCAAGAAAAAGAUAACCUUUUUGAAACAUAUAAAAGGGAACUAACAAGAGGAUUAACCCUAUUUAGAAAAGCCGAGAUGAAUGUGUUGAAAUUUGCAACCGAACUUAACUACUACAUAAAUGAAAAAUCUCGUCAGUCACAAUAA